CUGAUGACCCACUCCUGUGAAGACUUGUUUUUGGUCCGGGUGGAGCGUCGAAGCAGCCGCGCUACACGUGUCAACCCUUCGGUGGAGUCCCUGAGGAGACCCGGCUCCUUCUUCGUGAAUCUCUGAUCGGAAGUGAUUUGAACAGCGCGGGCUUCAGAGUUCGCGGGUUCGCCCAGAAUAGAGUCUCCAAUCCGGGGAAGAGGAAAUCCAUGUGUGGAUCCGCACGUUGUAGAGACUUCACCCUCUGAUCAUGAACCACUCGGGUCAGCAUGAGUGACAUUCGAGACACUACGUUGUGAGUCGAAGCCGAAUGAACGUGGAUUUCUAAAGCCUGGUAGUCCUUAGCGUGACUCUUUCGCCCAUGAGACCUGGCGAGUCCUCCGCCACGCUCACUUGCACUUCGCGGUGCUUUGACCCGCAGCACUUGGGUAGAAACUUUGUUGAGAGACUAACAUGAUCGAGAAACAAGCGCUGGAAGAUCCUAAACUGAACCUGGAGGAGACCAAAGAGGACCGUGCCCGGCAGGAGGAGACGGUGGACGCGUCGCUGUGCGCCGACGAACCCAAGCUGAAGGACGGUCAUGAGGCGACGCGGACCACCCGGCUGUACCGCCGGCGCUGGAUGAUCGUGCUCCUCUUCAGCUUCUACUCUCUGUCCAACUCCUUCCAGUGGAUCCAGUACGGCAUCAUCAGCAACAUCUUCAUGAAGUUCUACAACGUGAACGCCUUCACCAUAGACUGGAUGUCCAUGAUCUACAUGCUGACGUACAUCCCCUUCAUAUUCCCGGUCACCUGGCUCCUGGACAAGCGGGGGCUCCGGGUCAUCGCGCUGGUGGCCACCGCGCUCAACUGCGCCGGGACGUGGAUCAAGGUGGCCAGCGUCCGACGCGACCUGUUCGCCGUCACCUUCCUGGGCCAGUUCUGCUGCUCCCUGGCGCAGGUGUUCAUCCUCGGGAUGCCGUCGAGGAUCGCGUCGGUGUGGUUCGGCUCGGAGGAGGUGUCCACCGCCUGCUCCAUCGGAGUCUUCGGGAAUCAGCUGGGCAUCGCCAUCGGGUUCCUGGUGCCUCCCAUCCUGGUGCCCAAUGUGGACGACAUGGACGAGCUGGCUCACCACAUCAGCAUCAUGUUCUACAUCACAGCAGGAGUGGCGACCUUACUCUUCAUCCUUGUUGUCUUCGUCUUCCAGGAGCGUCCCGAACUCCCCCCGACUCAGGCCCAGGCCACAGCCCGGAGCAUCCCACCAGAGCAGUACUCCUACACCGCCUCCGUCCUCAGGCUGCUGCGCAACAGGCCCUUCAUCUUCCUCAUCAUCACUUACGGUCUGAACGUAGGAUGCUUCUAUGCCGUUGGAACCCUGCUCAACCGCAUGAUCAUCGACCAUUACCCUGGAGAAGAGGUGAAUGCUGGGAGGAUUGGCCUCACCAUUGUCAUUGCAGGGAUGGUCGGCUCUCUCAUCUGCGGCAUCUGGUUGGACAAGACUAAAACCUACAAGCAGACCACCCUUGGAGUCUACUUCAUGUCUCUGGUGGGGAUGAUCAUCUACGCAGCUACACUCAGUCUGGGACACCUCUGGGUGGUCUUCAUCACAGCUGGAACUCUCGGGUUCUUCAUGACAGGCUACCUGCCGCUGGGCUUUGAGUUCGCUGUGGAGCUGACGUACCCAGAGUCAGAGGGAACCUCCUCUGGACUCCUCAACUGUUCAGCACAGGUGUUUGGCAUCAUAUUCACCAUCUGCCAGGGAAAGAUCAUCGACGCCUUUGGCACGCUGGCAGGAAACAUCUUCCUCUGCGUCUUUCUUCUGAUCGGCACAAUAUUGACAGGUUUUAUCAAGUCUGACCUGCGGAGACAAAGGGCUAACCUCUUGGCCAGAGCAGCAGAGGAGGAGGGGCAGAUGUCUGGACGAGACUACGGAUCCACGAUACUUAUCUCCCAGCAGCAGGCUCCUCCCUCUCAAGCCUGAUCAAUAAACCUUUCUGCUUCCGACAAAAAAACUAAACAAUCAUCAUCUUCAAAUCAUUGCUCAACACGCAGCCGCACAGAGGGUCCCACCGACUGCCGUGAUGUGAGCCUGACCACGCCUACUAUCAUCAGAGAAGCCCAGUUGUAGACGCACACGUGCACUAACAAAAACGCUUGGAGAAGAACAAAGAUCUUCCUGUUGCAAUGUAAAAAACUGACAGUAGAGCCACACAAUCAGGAAGUCACUUCCCUUGUAAAGAAGAUUUUAAUGUUUAAUUAUUUUUUUAGAAAAAAGAAAUACCUUGUUCCUAAAAGUAUUUGUUUAUAUUUAACUAUAUAUAUAAAUGCUCUUUCCAAAAUCAAAUCUGUUUGUUUGUGUCUUGACAAUUUUACCUGUCAGUAUUUUCAGUGUGCAUUUGAUUAUGUACAACUGUUGAUUGACCAUUUUUGUAGAAAGUAUUUUAAGGCAGAUAAUUUAUAUGACAGCUUAUUGAAGGCUUUCGGAUCCACCGUGGUUCACAAGGAGUAAAUACUGAUGACGCAUGUUUGUGCGAGUUUUGUAAUACCUUUCAUGUUUCCUGCUUAUUUAACAUGAAAUAAAACUGUUUUAUCAA